AUUCAUUCGAAAUUAGAAUACGGUUGACCGCGCGCGCUUUCCGCGCCUUUUUUAACGACUACGAUUCGAAACGAAAAAAAUAUGAUUUCAAUUAAUAUUUAAAAUAUUUUAAAAUAGUGAUAAAUUCACUAUAUUUUACUUCAAUUGUUUUUUAAAAGCCGUUAUAUUUUUUAUUUAUCCAAAAUGCUUAAGUACACAGUAAAAAAGUAUUGCUCGGAGGGAAGUAAAUUUCAUCAAAUUGUUAUGGUGGCGCUGAUGGUUUUACCAGUUUUCUCCUACGGCACAGCGAUCGGAUGGCUAUCUCCAAUGGGUCCUAAACUCAUGUCCGAGGAUACACCGGCAGCGGAACCAGUACAUCAGGAUGUGAUAUCCUGGAUGGCAUCAGUUCCGUACCUAGUUGGAACACCAGCUGUAUUUUUAUUCGGGUUUAUUGUCGAUAAUUUCGGAAGAAAGAAGGCUUUGAUGCUUACAUCUUUGUCUAUGGCGGCAUGUUGGUCAUUGAAGAUCUAUUCCACUUCAACAUGGGCGUUGAUAUUAGCUCGUGCGAUAGUCGGAUUUGGCGUCAGCGGGUCGUACGUCGUCACUCCUUUGUACAUCAAGGAGGUCAGCGAGGAUUCUAUUAGAGGGACGCUCGGAAGCCUCGUCAUCCUCUCCCAGAACUUAGGCAAUCUGCUGGUGUACAUCGCUGGAGAAUAUCUCUGUUAUAACACUACGCUGUGGAUCUGUCUCUCCGUGCCGUUAAUACAUUUGUUAUUGUUCAUCACUAUGCCAGAAACACCAUCUUACUUACUUAAAAGUGGGAAAGUUGACGAAGCUCGUGGGGCAUUAGCAUGGCUUCGUUGCCGACAACCGGGAGAUGCAGCUGUGGACUCCGAGUUACAGGCUUUGCUGUUAGAAAUGGAACAGGACAGCUCUGUUAAAUUCUUCCAAGUCCUCAAAGAUCUGAUAUCCGAUCGGAACACGUUCCGUGCAUUCCGCAUUACGCUGACUAUAACACUGGCCCGGGAGCUAUGCGGAUGUCUGGCUGUGUUACACUUCGCGUCUCUCAUCUUCGGCCAGGCGAGCGGCGGUUGGGUGCUCAAUGCCAACCAGCAGGCGACUUUACUCGGCGUCGUACAACUCAUCGGCUCUUGUACCGCUUCUACUUUGGUCGAGAGAACUGGUAGAAAGCCAUUGCUAGGUACGACGUGCUUGGUGUCCGGUGUGUCUCUCGCGGCGUUAGCAGGGUGGUUCGCGAUACGCGCGGGAGGAGCGGCGCUGCCCGUGGCCGCACUGUGCCUCUGCAUCUACUGUGACGCCGCCGGCCUGCAACCUGUACCCUUCGUUAUUAUGACUGAGAUGUUCUCAUUCCAGUUCCGUGGCACAGUGACUUCAAUAGUCAUCGCCUUCGCAUGCGCUCUGGUUUCCAUCGAGCUGAGGGUCUUCCAACCUCUAGCAGCCUCCAUCGGUCUGCACUUCGUCUUCGGCUGCUUCGCCAUGGUCUGCCUCGUCAGUACCGUGUACAUCCUCUUCUGUGUUCCUGAGACAAAGAUGAGGACGACAGAAGAAAUAUACGCGGAAUUCAUGGGAAAAGGGAAAGAGAAGAAUAGAGAUUGUGAAGCCUCUGUUACUAGAUUGUAGACUUUUUAGCGCUUAAACUUGUGUUCUUUUAAGCUUAAAAUGCAUUAGAGUGAAUGUAGAAAGGUUGAAUGGUGAUACAAUUGUACAAAUGAAAUUCCAAUAAUUUACUUUUGAUUGAGUUUAUAUAACAGUUUUACAGAAGAAAUGCGCGUGCGGAAUAUCGUUUUAUCUGUUUUAUCAUGAACAAUCAGAGGCAUGGGAUGUUUGCGUAGAUGUAUGGUUUUAAGACAUAAAAAUGAGAUAGUUUUAACCAAAAAAUAAAUACCGAUUGAAUUCUUUGGAUCACGAUAUUUCUUGCUUUACCGUCAAAUUUCGCCUUACACGAGUGUAAAUGAGUGAGAAUGUAUGAAGAAUUGUAUGACAAAUGUAUGAUUUUAUUGUAUUGCCAACAUGCUUUGCAUUACACGAAAGUUGACAUUAGCAUAGGAAUGGAUUAUUGUACUUACCUGUAGAGUACAAGAUUUUAAUCUAUUGGUUUUCUGUAUGUUGCGAUAGAAAUUGCUUUAACAACAUAAAUAAUAGAAUUAGAAAGUUUUUACUCUGUCAAAUUAGAGCUGUAGUCAGUAGACGUUAUUUCAGUAUAAUUAAGUGCUUAUUUCCACUAGUUGGUUAGUAGCACCACUUUGCGCUCAUUUUGUACAACAGUCGCGGACGCGCUAGUGGAAAUUAUUGUAAUAGCAGUAGCACGAUUAGCCGCUUAGUGGAAAUAGGUAGUAAAAGUAAAUAAUAGGUAUUUAUACUCUAUUCAAAUGUAACUCCAGUUAGCAUGUAUCACAAGAAAAAUAGGUUUUACAGAGAUUUGUUAAAAUUUUGAUAAAAACUAUACUUUUCAUGUAAAAAAAUUCAGUAUCCGAUACUGCUAAGACUGUAAUUUAAAAUGCACUUUAUUUUCUGCA